AUGUCAGUGGAGUUGGGAUAUUUGCCCGAAAAGUUUGAAUCAUUACAAUUAUCAAUACCUAUUGAUGUUAGUCAGUUUGAUUAUAUUAAAGAGUUUUUGAUCAAUUUCUUGAAUUUAGAAGAUCCAACAAAGAUUUUACAAAGUGAAGAUGUUAGUGGGAAAUACUACAAUGUUGAUGUAACUAAAGAAAUUUUACCAGGAAUAACUUUACCUAAUGAUAUUUGGUUAAGAAGUAAUAUCAAUGUUAGAGAUAUUAAAGUUAAGAUAUCGAUCUUAACAGAAAUCAAUUCUAUGAUUGAAAAGGAGUUGGAGAAAACUGAUGAAAUUUUAGAUGACACGGUUUUAUUGUAUUAUAAGAAAUUAUUAAUGGCAUAUAAGUUUUAUGAAACGCCGAAAAGAAAUUCUUUCAGACAUUAUAGUAUUGAUUCAUUAAAAGAAGAAGAGGAAGAAGAAACUGAUGAAUAUACUGUUGAUGAGAAUAAAUCAUUGAAUAGAACAGUUUCCAACCAAUCUUCAACAACAUCCCUGAGAACCCAUCAUUCAUACUUUUCUCAUAGUUCAAAUAAUAAUGUUAGUUCUCAUUCAAAUCAGUCAAAUAAUUUCAAUUAUAAUAAUUUGAAUAGUUCAAGUGGGAAAAGAAACUCCAGUUCAAGAGAAAACAUUUUAUCAAGGAAAAGAUUCUCAUCACUUAUGGGGAAUCAAUCUCAAUCCCAAUCUCAAUCUCAACCUCAACCAACCAGUCAAAUUACCAGUCCAAUUAGUGGAACUUUCAAUCUUAAUUCGAAUGGUGGACAAGUUUUCAAUUUAGAAUAUGAAGAUGAAGAACCUGAAGAAGAUCAUAGGAAAUCUUUCAAUUCAAUCCUUUCGAAAUCAAAACUUUAUAGUAGAAUGAUGAAAAAUCGAGAACUGUCAAGUUCAAUGAAUUCUAAUUCAAGUAAUAGAAAUAGUAUUUCAACAACAGCUACUACUAAUUCCAAUAAUUCCAAAUUAAAAAGAAACAGUAUUACCGAUGAAAAACAUCAUUCAAAUCAAUCAUUACCAAUGUUUGUUAAUUAUUCUUUAAAUCAAAGACAAGAAAUUCAAAAGAAUAAAUUCGAAUAUUUCAUUCAAACCAAACAAUUAUUAUUGUUGAUAACCAGAAUCUUAAAUAACUUAACUACCGAUUCCAGAAACAAUAAAUUAUUCAAAUUAAUGGACUUUAUCAAAAGAUUUAUAUUCAAAUUCAUUGUUUUAGAUGCUUCAGAAUUAGUUAAUACUUAUGGAGAUGUUGAAGCUUACCGAUUGUAUAGUAGAUUAAAAUAA